UUAUUCAGGCUGAGAGCACAAACGAAACAACAGCUUUUGGAAUAUAAAUCAAUGAUCGAUGCAAAUGAAGAAAAAACUCCAGAACAAAUCAUGCAAGAAAAGCAGAUUGAAGCUAAAAUUGAAGACCUGGAAAAUGAAAUUGAAGAGGUGAAAAUUGCUUUUGAAAUGAAAAAGUUUACAUUAGACAGGAUGCAACUUUCAACUGCACUUAAAAAAUAUCUGGAGAAAAUUAACACCAAGAAUAAUGUCCUCGUGGAUAACAUGGAACAUGUAUUAAAGCUAAAUAAAUUAGUAAUGAAAUCACAGCAGGAAUCUUGGGAUUUGGAGGAAAAGCUGCUUGAUAUUAGAAAGAAGAGAUUGCAAUUAAAACAAGCUUCAGAAAGUAAGCUUUUAGAAAUACAGACUGAAAAGAACAAACAGAAAGAUGAGCUGGACAGCAUGGAAAAUUCAGACAAGAUAAAGACCAUACAAGAAAAUCUACAGGUAGAGAUACAAAUUACUACAGUUAUUCAACAUGUGUUCCAGAACCUCAUUUUGGGAAGUAAAGCCAACUGGGCAGAGGAUUCUGCCCUUAAGGAAACUGUUCUUCAGCUUGAGAAGAAUCUUACCAUGAUCUAAAAAGAAUUCUAUCUUGGCAUUUUUUGUUUCUGUCUUUGAUAUGUCGUUUAAAUAGCAAAUUUCAAGUGAAAUGUUUUUCCUGUGUUUUUGGAACUAUUCUAAUACUGCAAAUUUUUUUUUUAAACUUGAGUUAACACUGUAACAUGGAAUCUUACUUUAAAUAUGAUAAUUAAAGUGACUGUCAUACUGUAAGAGAAUCUUAAAAUCUUAGCCUUGGAAAGAUCCUGAAGGACAUCUAGUCCAACUUUUCACUUACAUGGAUAUUUUUUGUACAUUUCUGCAGUUCCAGAUUUCAUCUGAAAUACCUGUAGCUUUGUUUGUCAACCAAAAUAUUAGAAAAAUUAGAAAAGCAUGUGCAUGUCUUUAUUUUUUUAACUGCCAGUUGUAUUUUAUUCAAAUAAAUCUUUUUAGAUUCAUCUCACUACAAAUUUUUUUUUGAGAUAUAAUUUUCAUACAACACUGUGUAAGUUUAAAGUAUACAAUAUGUGGAUUUGGCCACCAUGGCAUUAGCCAACAUCUCAUCUCCAUCAUGCCACUUAGUUACUUCUUUCUUGUGAGAACAUUAAAAUCUAAUCUCUUAGAUCUUUGAAGUACAUAAUACAGUAUUGUAUAUAAUAACUGUAUUGUAUACAUAGUUUUGUAUAUAAUAACUACAAUUAUAUAUGUAUAUAUAACUAUAAUUAUAGCACUGUGCAUUAGAUCUUCAAAACAUUCAUCUUCUAACUGCAGAUUUGUACCCUUUGACUGCUUUGCCCCAUCCCCCACCUCCCAUCCACAUCUCUGAACAGAGACCCAAAUAAAGCACCUCAGCCUUGAAAAAGAAAGAAAAAGAAAAACAUAUCCCAAGCAUUAACAAUUGUGGUUAUUGUAGAGGAAUUGACCUUUUUUCUUUUGUAUUUAUGUAUUUUCAUGCAUUGCUUUUAUAAGUUAAAAAAUAAAAUAAUAAAUGUUACUGUUAUUAAAAAAUA